AUGCCUCCAUACCUAUCCCCCCUACAUAUAGCCAAACCCACGUUACCACCGACUUGCGAACCUGCGAACGAGUUCCUCUAUCAUCUGUCGGCGGCAUUUCACACCUGCGUACCUACGAACCUCGCGCUCGUCUCGACAUUGCUCGGCACGUGCAGCAUCAUAUCAUGGCUGUUCGCACAGCUACCACAAAUAUACAAGAACCAUAAGCUGAAGUCAACAUCGGGACUGAGCGCGUUCUUCUUGACGGAAUGGCUCCUGGGUGAUGUGACGAACCUGCUGGGCUGCCUGUUCACCGGGCAGGCGUCAUGGCAAGUCAUAAUCGCAGGCUACUACGUCUUCGUUGACUGCUGCUUGUGUGGUCAGUGGGUGUGGUACGAGCUGUUGCACCAUGGAAGGCCACUGAGGCCGAUCUGGGGCCGAUGGAGCAGCUCAGCUGGCAGCGGUUCUGGCGCCGGAGGCUCUGCCAUGCAUCAGGUUCUGGAUGGGAUGAGCAUAGGCGGUACGAACAACGCGUCUAGCCCGCCAAAGUCACCGCAAGAUUCAAGCGACACGAAGAACGUUAAACAGGAUAGCGCGGCCAAAGACGUACCGCGCUCGAAUGCGAAGGAAACCUUUAGGAUUCCCAACUUUGCGCGCUCGCCCAUGCCUACGAAGGAAUCAUGGCAAAGUACAUCUCCGUCAGGCGCAUCACCCAACCCCAAGGUGCGGAUAGCAGCCUCGAGCUCGCCUAUGCCCUCUCCCAAGACCGUUCUAUACAUUACUCUCAUGAUCGCAGUACUCGCCAACCCUACUACCGCAACGCCGAUAAGUCCCUUCGCGCCAGGCCUCGCCCGCGCUCGCAGCCUUUCCGCGUACACAACUACCACGACCAGCUCGCCCAGUGCCUCGGAAACCGCCGGCAAAGUCUUCUCAUGGAUGAGCACGUUCCUAUACCUCGGGUCGCGCCUCCCCCAACUCUACAUGAAUCAGGUCCGCAAAUCGACAGCCGGUUUGUCUCCCACCCUCUUCGCGGCCGCCUUCUUCGGCAACCUCUUCUACUCGACUUCGCUCCUUACAAACCCUUGCGCAUGGUACGACUACGCGCCCGGUGAAGGCUCCGGCUGGGUCGACCCCCAAGGCAGCGUAAGAGCAGACUGGGUCCUACGCGCCGCACCCUUCUUCCUUGGUGCAGCAGGCGUGCUCCUCAUGGACGCAGCAGUCGGUCUACAAUUCUGGCAUUUCGGCGACGCCACACCCCGGGGCCGAUCGCCAACGCCCCGCGACGACGAAGUCAUCAUCACCGUCGACGACCACGGUAAGCUGGUGCGCAGGAGUAUGCAUUGGCGCCGUGUGAGCGGGUGGAUGAGGGGCUGGGCUCCGGCUGUCAGUGUAGCUGCUACGCCGAAUGUGAGCCGUGCGAAUACGCCGAUGGAUUCUCCGAGGGAUACGAGUCCGGCUAGUACAGCUGGGAGUAGUUCGAGCAAGAGCAUUCCUAUCAAGGGGAGGGGUAGCGCGUUGGAUGAGGCGAGGGCGCUUCUGGGGACGAGCAGACAUGCGAGUCCGAGGAGUUAUGGCGCUGUGGGUAGUCCUAGGUAG